AAACUAAAAACAUUAAUUUGUGUUUGGAGGAAAAAAAUUCACCUUCUUUUCCAUUAAAGGUUGUUCCUUUUCUCCCUUUUUCCCCGAACCUCUCUCUUUCUUUUCCGUGUUACGACAUGGAUAUCUGAGAGGCACUACCUUCACAUGAACUAGAAGAGGAAUCAUUAUCUGGGUUUGGAAUUUCUUGGGGAAUUUGGUGCAAACUUUACCGGCAAAUGGGGGUGCAAGGGAGCACGUCAAAUUCAAGCACGAAGCAUGAAAAUAGUAGCGACACCCAGGUGGUUUUGAAUGUGUACGAUCUGACCCCUAUCAACAACUACACGUAUUGGUUCGGUUUUGGGAUUUAUCACUCGGGCAUUGAAGUUCACGGAAAGGAGUACGGAUUUGGUGCCCAUGACUUCCCUGUUAGUGGAGUUUUUGAAGUGGAACCAAGGAGCUGCCCAGGAUUUAUUUAUCGAUGUUCCAUAACUUUGGGCUGCAUAAAUAUGUCGCCCUCUGAAUUCCGUAUGUUUAUUGAAAAUGCAGCUUCUGAGUAUCAUGGAGAUACUUAUCACCUUAUCUCCAAGAAUUGUAACCAUUUUACGGACGAAAUCUCAUUGAGAUUGACGGGAAGACGUGUUCCUGGUUGGGUGAAUCGUCUUGCUCGGCUAGGGGCAUUGUGCAGUUGUCUGCUUCCCGAAAGCCUACAAGUGACAACUGUUAAGCAGCUACCUGAAUACUACGAGUGUACCGAAGAGGGUGCAGAAGAGGAUGGAAGCGAAUCUCUUGCUGCCACCACUCCCGGGGAAUCGACAGAAAUUGAUGAUACGGAUCAAGAAAAGCACCUACUAUCACCUCCAUCUGGAGGAGGGGAAGUGUCUUUUGUUAAAGAGGCACACAAGUGAAACCAAAGCACUUACUCUCUCAAUUGCUGUUUGGAAUCUUUGUUAUGGUUUUUGCUUGCCAUAUGAUUCUUUUGGUGGGAGGAGGUUGCUUGGAGUGCCUGCAUGCGUGACUCUCCAUCUGAUUGUUGUAAUAUGCCCUGAUUCUUGCUCAUUUAUUCCUAUUUUCUUCUUUUUACCUCCCCCAUUUGCUUGUUUCAUUGGCUGUAUCCGCACCCGGAAUUGAGAAAUGGAUGAUGAUUUGAUGUUUGAUAGAAAUGUAUUGUAUUAAGCUUUGGAUGAGAGAUCA